AUGCCAGAAACACAAUUGCCUGAUUCCGCAUUCCCCAACGGCAAGGGCGAUGUGGGUGCAACCCCGCCAGGUCAGAUCCUGACGGGCAAGCAAGAACACUAUCUCAAGCGCGAGCUCAUCUCCCGUGAAGUCCGCGACGAAAUCUUCGAGCUAAAUUCCCCCACCGCGCUCCAGCGAUUCGGCGCCCCCUUUAGAUCGGACUUCGGUGAGGUCGCACCGGUUGACUCGGAGCUGCCUAUUCUUCGGUAUAUUUUUGUUCACCACGUUCGGAAUUUCCCAUUUCUUGAUCAAGCGCGCGAAAAGGAGUUUUGGCAGGAUAAGCUACAAAUCUUCUUGGAAUCGUUUGCUAAUAAACAUGUCUCGUCUUCGGAGGAUCGACUGGAGGAGACGAAGCGCCGGAAGUUGGCUCGGAAAUGCGAGAAACUCGUGGAGCUGAUGAUGGUUUCGGGUGUGCCGACCGCGUCGGGAUAUGAGGAGCGUAUUCAGUUCUCCGAAAUGGAGAUCGUCGAGCGUGGUGCUCAGGAAUCGGGCCUGCUGUUUAAUAUGCCCGAGGGUAAUUCUAUUAAUGGUUGGGAUGUGAAUGUGGCUGCUGUUCGGACAACCUCUGUCAAGCGGACAGUGCGAUACCAUCAACAUGCAGAAUUCGUCAUUCGAGUUCGUCGCCACGAUAAGCAGGAGGUUCAUAUUGGGAGGAGAUAUGGAGAGUUUGUUAAGCUUCACAGGAGGCUGAGGACUGAGCUGCCAGGGAAACAAUUACCACCUCUUCCUCGUAAGAACAAGUCUUCCACCUCGAGCUGGUGGGGUUCCAGUGCAGAUGAUGACGCUUCGUCUCUUUCUUCGCUCUCGACAUUGGACACGAAUGCCCCCGAGGAUCGGCUCUCUGCGCCAACUCUUACCCCAGGCGGCGUCCGGCGAUCGAUCUCCCGAGGAUCAUUGAGAUCAACGAAAUCACCGCGUGUAUCAACGAGCGACGUCUCGAGGGCCACUGUGCUGUACCGGGAGGAGCAACGUGUGUCGCUGCGCGCGUUCCUGCGUACUGUACUGCAAAACAAGCGCAUUGCAGAAUCCAAGGCCAUGGAAGAAUUCUUGACUGCUCGACCCAUCGACUUGAAUGAGGAAGAGUUGAUUGAUGUCCAGAGACGGAAAGACAUGGAUGCUGUGAGGAUCGAGGAGCAGAAGAGAUUCUAUGAGAUUGCUAGGCAGCGAGCUGCAGAGCUGGAUGUGUACAUGGAGCGGUUCCGGCGGGAUAUUGUGGAGAGCAAUGGCCUGACAAAACUGUUUGCCGAGAUACGGGAGAAACCCUCAAUUCAGGAUCUGAGCCCGCAAUAUCAGAAAUUUGCUGAGUGGCUUCGCAUUGAAGUCGCUGCAACAAUAUAUCACCUGUUCCUUGCAGAGGAUAACUCCCCUGAACUGUUUGCACAGGCGAAGAGAAUCCACGGCCUCGUUCCGUACACGCUAAUGAAGAAUGUGAUUCGCAUCGCCAACCCUGCUGCAGUCAUGUCUGGUGUUCUCGACCUCUUCAUGGCCCAGCCUUUCGGCUCACGGUCACUUUUGCAACGCAUCUUCUCAUUAACACUAAACGAAAGUAUUAAAGAUUUCCAAAGAUCGAUUGAUUCUCUGGCUUCAAAGGUUGGAGACACAGUUCUCACUCAGAAGCUCAAGAGCUUCGCGGAUUCUGCGGAAGAAAUCAAGAAUGUGAUCCGAGAAGAGGCUGUUUCCGACGAUGUUGACAUUAUUGUGGCCAUCCUUCGCUCCGAACUAUUAUCACCCGACCUCAACUCGGAACAGAUAGGCAAGGUGUUCAACGGCUAUGUGGCUUGGAACUACGCUGUGGAGAAUGUAGACCUCGAAAUGCAACAGGGCGCCCAAUGGUUUGCUCACAUGAAGCAGCUUUUGAAACUCUAUACCCGCCAGCGCGACAAGGCGAUGAUGCUCGGCAUUGUCGAGGAGCCAGUCACACUGCAGCUCUUCCGCGAUCUGUUCACUAUCUUCUACGAGCCUCUCGUCAGGGUCUACAAAUCCGCCAACGUAUACAACAGCAUUACGGACUUUGCUCAUUUUGCCGACGAUGCUAUUAAUGUGAUUGAGAGCGCCCAGCGCCAGGAUGCCUCUGCCGAUCCGAACCAAACAGUACAGGCCUUCAUCGAUCUGUGCGCUCGUCACGAGGCCAACUUCUACAAGUUCAUCCACGAAGUGCACCAGCACGAUAACGGCCUAUUCCAGUCUCUAAUGGGUUGGAUCGAGGAGAUUCUCGAUUUCCUGCGCAAUGGCCCCGCCGGAGGCAAAAUGGACAUUAACGCUUUGUUCCAAGGAGCUGCCGGAGUUGGCCAAAUUGACAAAGACCUUGCUCUCACAGAAAUCAAUCAGCUUAUCAAGUGGCAAGAAGAUCGGAAACGCUGGCAUCUGAACAAAACUCGCCAAAAGAUGGCUGCUGAAGGUACCUCUGGGGACACUAUUCCAGGAGCCACGACCUUUAAGGGCAGUGAUUUCGGUCUUGAUGAGGCCGAUCUGGAGGACCUCACUAUCUCGGAUGAAGCAUCUGAUGCCUCUGACGAAGACACUGGAGAUGAGGACAUGGACGAUCCCAUCGCCGUAGAGCGCCGCCGGCGGACAAAGAAGCAGGAUCAACUUCGCCGUACCGCGGGUGAACCCAUCAAGCCCGAGGUUACGGAGAUUCUUAAGCUUGCUGAACCGUUUGGUGUCAUGUUGCGGCACGUGCUUGCUGAUUAG